UGUCACAGCGUUUAGAUGUGUAACGCGGCUCGUGAAUCUUACGAGAGACAAAACGAAAUGUGAAAUGUUUCUGAUCGUAAUGAUCCGAAAAAAUAAAUAUUUCUUUGCGUGCGUGAGUGAAUAAUUGUGGUCACACUUACCAGAAUGGAGGCUGGUUCGUCGAGAAACGAGGAAGUUAUAGCGCCAGAGCUGUACUUCCUGAUUGCCAAGUUUCUCACGGCAGGGCCAUGUCAAGAUGCUGCGAAGGUGUUAAAAGGAGAAUUGGAGCGGAUCAAGAUUUUACCCCAAAGACUCGAUUGGGAAGGAAAUUUACAUAAUCAAAGUUUUGAGGAAUUGGAAAAAAAAUAUUCUCACAUUGGAACACAACAUCUUUUGCAAAUAUGUGCUCGAAUUGGUCCAGUUUUGGAGAAGGAAAUUCCUCCUUGUAUAACUGGAGCUAUUUCCUUAUUAGGGGCAGGAAAACAAUCGCUUCUACGCACAAAAGCAGAUUUGUUGCAAAAUUCUCGUGGAGUUUCACUUUAUUCUGGAAGAUUAAGUGGAAAGACUUUUAUGGGAGUUUCGAAUUCAUCGAUGAUACAUAAUGUUGUUAAAGUUCUUCAAGGUAGAGAGAAUUCUGGACCAUUAAGUAGACACGAAGUGAUUCAACCAUCAUUUUACAAUAAAUUACAAUUAUAUCGUCAUACAUUGGGACAUUUGUCAGCUGUUUAUUGUGUUCUUUAUGAUCGCACUGGUAAAUAUGUGAUAACCGGUGCUGAUGAUUUACUUGUAAAAGUUUGGAGUUCAAGCGAUGGUCGUUUAUUGGCAACUUUUCGUGGUGCUUCAGCUGAAAUUAUGGAUAUUGCAGUGAAUUUUGAUAAUACUUUAUUGGCAGCCGGAAGUUUGGAUAAAGUAUUACGUGUUUGGUGUUUUCAAACAAUGUCACCGGUUGCCGUUUUAUCGGGACAUUCAGGAAUGAUAACAUCAGUGAAAUUUUGUCCGAUAUCAAGUAAUGAUAUUUAUUAUUUAGUGUCAACAAGUAGCGAUGGUUCUGUUGCAUUUUGGCCACAUACGAAGAAAACAAAUGAGAGAGCUGUUUUUCAAACGAAACCAAUACAAUAUCAUGAGAAAAUGCGUCCAGGACAGGCGCAAAUGAUUUGUGCUUCGUUUAGUGCAGGUGGUGCAUUUAUGGCAGCUGGUUCGGCUGAUCAUCAUGUUCGUGUUUAUGCAAUGAUUGGUGAUGAAGGUCCAAGACGUGUACUUGAAGUUGAAGCACACAGUGACACUGUCGAUAGUAUUCAAUGGUGUCAUCAUCAUGGUCUAAGAUUUAUUUCCGGUUCAAAAGAUGGUACUGCUAAUGUUUGGCAUUUUGAGCAACAACAGUGGAUGCAUAAACGUCUUAUAAUGACGGCAAAAUUACCAGGCGAGCCAGAAGUCGAUGAGGAAACGACAAAAAAAGCGAAAGUUACUAUGGUCAAUUGGGAUUCGAGUGAUGAGUUUGUUAUAACAGCUGUUAACGAUAGUUCACUAAAGGUAUGGAAUGCAAGAACGGCGGAAUUAGUAAAAGUUCUACGUGGUCAUAAGGAUGAAGUUUUUGUUCUUGAAUCACAUCCAAUUGAUCCGAGAAUUAUUUUAAGUGCCGGUCACGAUGGACAGUUGAUUAUUUGGGAUGUAUUGAAAUCCGAUCCAAUAGCAUGUUUUCAAAAUUUCAUUCAAGGACAAGGUAAUGGUGCAGUUUUUGAUGCAAAAUGGUCACCCGAUGGAACAAUGUUGGCUGCUACUGAUUCACAUGGUCAUUUGAUGAUGUAUGGUUUUGGUGCCGGUGUUGAAUUAUUGAAAAUUGUACCAAAAGAAUUGUUCUUUCAUACGGACUAUCGACCAUUGAUAAGAGAUUCGAAUAAUUAUGUUUUGGAUGAGCAGACACAAACGGCGCCGCAUUUAAUGCCACCACCAUUUUUGGUUGAUGUUGAUGGUAAUCCGUAUCCACCGGCAUUACAACGAUUGGUGCCUGGUAGGGAAAAUUGUCGUGGUGAACAAUUGGUGCCUAAUAUUGCUGUGGGAGCUGGUGGAAUGCAAGAAGUUAUUGAAGGUCUUCCAGCACAUGAACCACGUUCGAAUAUUGAUAGAUUGAUCGAGGCACUUGCACAGAGGCAGAAUAUAAAUGUUGAAGGUGAAAAUGUUGAGAAUGAACGUGAUGAUAAUCAAGGUGAAGCGCCAUUGAGACAAAUAUCAAGUCCAAGGGGUAAUCGUCCAGGAUUGAGACGAGUUGGUGAUGUUGAAGGUGUGAGACAAAGUAGUGGUAAUUGGCAACGUGAUAAUACAACACCUUGGAAUAAACCGAUUUUAGUGAAACCAUUGAAUCCAGCUACUCUUGAAACUCAAUUGAAUCAGAUAAAUGCAAUGGCUGAAAUGGAAUUGGAAUCGUGGCGAAGAGAAAUGCAACGAAGGCCAAAGAUUGUUUCAACUGGUAAUGAAAUGCAAGGUGGUAUUGGUAAUCGUUUGAAUCGUAAUAAACGAAAUCGAGCAACAAGACAUGGAUAUAGAACAAGAGCGGCGAGAGAAGAUGAACAAGAAGAAGAGGAUUAUGAUGAUCCCGAUGCAAAUGCAACAAGUGGUAGUUCGGCGAGUUCUAAUAGUAAUGAUUCAUCGGCUGAUGACGCUGAUAUUUGUUCGGAUAGUUCGAGUUCGAAUCCAAGUAGUGAAUAUUCAGAUUGGAUGGCUGAUCAUGGAGUUAAUUUAGAACCACCGAAACGAAGUAAACGUAGACCAGUGAAGAAGAGAUCAGUGACACCGCAAAGUGACACUGAUCGACGACGAAGUCAACGACCGAAGAAGAAAGUUGUUAUACCAGCACCAAAUGGACUUGAUGAAGUGCCUGAAGCAUAUCGUCCAACUGAAUGGCUCACUGAAGUGAUACCGAGAAAAGCGCCUUAUUAUCCACAAAUGGGAGAUGAAAUUGUUUACUUUCGACAGGGUCAUCAAUUUUAUAUUGAUGCGGUGAAAAAGAAAAAAGUCUACGAAUUGGGACCACGUUGUGAGCCAUGGUCAAAAAUGACCAUCAAAGCCAUGGAAUAUGUGAAAGUUGUUGGUAUUAAAUACGAGAUACGACCGCCUAGACUUUGUUGUUUAAAACUUGCGAUAAUGGAUGAAGAUGGUCGUUUGACAGGUGAAAAUUUUACCAUUAAAUAUCACGAUAUGGCCGAUGUUCUUGAUUUUCUUGUACUUAGACAAACAUUUGAAACGGCAUUGGCACGUUCAUGGUCGUUGGGCGAUAGAUUUCGUUGUAUGAUUGACGAUGGCUGGUGGAUGGGACAAAUUCAAUCGAUGGAGCCGCUCGAUGAAAAUUUUCCCGAUUCUUAUUUUAUGUGCUUCCACGUGAGAUGGGACAAUGGUGAAAUUGAAAAAAUGAGUCCCUGGGAUCUUGAACCAGUUGAUGAGGAGAGACUUCCCGAUGUUGUUGGUGGUGCUGUUCCUGUGCUUCCAGAAGAAAUUCAAGCAAUUUUAUAUCAACCACAGGCCGAGGAAUGGCCAAUGGGCGACAGAGAGGCGACAUGUCGACGAAUUAUACGUGGACUUGAUCAAGUUAUGAGUUUAGCAAUUGCCGAACCAUUUGUCGUUCCUGUUGAUCUUAAUAUUUAUCCCUCGUACGCUUUUGUCGUUGAAUAUCCCAUUGAUUUGUCAACAAUAAAAGCACGAUUUGAAAAUCAUUUUUAUCGAAGAAUCACCUCUGCACAAUUUGAUGUUAGAUAUUUGGCAACGAAUGCUGAAGAAUUCAAUGAGCCACACAGUCAUAUUGUUAAACAGGCGAGGAUCGUCACUGAUCUUUGUUUAAAGAUUAUAAAAGAUACCACAGAAUUAGAUGUUGCAGCAGUUUAUCAUCAAUUAGUUGAUACGUAUCAUUCAUCCGAGUCUGAUAUUGAUGUAGAAGAAAAUAGUGAAAAACCCUCAACUAGUAGAUUAAGAUCAUCUUCGAGUAAACGACUGAGAUCACAAACAUUUGCUCAAGAUUGGAAAACUGCCUGUCGCCAAUUAUUAGAAACACUUUGGCAGUGUGAAGAUUCAAUUCCGUUUAGGGAACCUGUAGAUAGGCUCGAGCACGGAGAUUAUUAUCAAAUUAUUGACACACCAAUGGAUCUAGGAACAGUAAAAGAAGAUUUAACAGGUGGAAAUUAUGAAACACCCGCGGAAUUUGCCAAAGAUGUGAGAUUAAUUUUUACAAAUAGCAGAACUUAUAAUACGAAUAAACGUUCAAAGAUAUUCACAAUGACAAUAAGAUUAUCAGCAAUGUUUGAAGAAUUGAUGCGCAAAGUUUUAUCUGGCUGGAAAUCGGCAAAUAGACGAAUGUCAAACGAUAAAAGGAAACCAAAAGAAAAAUCGAAAGUAAAAGGAAAGGGUAAAGCGAUAACAAAAGGAGGCAAACGACUAACAAAUGGAGCUGGACCGUCAAGGGAAUCUGAUAGUAGUGAUGAAAAUGAUGGGAAUAAUGUAAAUUAUGAGGAUUACGAUGAUGAUGACGAUGACGACGAUUCAACUCGAAACGAUGGUCCAGGUCCAUCGCGAUUAGCAAAUGGACACGUGAAGCGUACUGGCACUUCUUCUCGAUCAAAUAUAAAACACAGGUUACCGAGGAAUGCAUCGCCAAAGAAAAAUAAAUUGAACUAUGGUGAAAUGAGUGAUUCCGAAGUAUCGGAAAGUGAGAGCAGUAAUAGUGAACCUUUCCGUAGAACUAGAUCAAGGAAGACAAUAGCCAGUGAUGUCAAUGACAGUGAUUCGGAGGAAAGUUACAAACCAGGAGGUCGUGGUAAACAAACAAAGAAGAAUCGAGCAAAAAAUAGUAGAUUAAAGGUAAUUAAACCGAAAAAGAAGCGACUAAUUGACGAUGAAGACGACGACGACGAUCAAGAAGAUGAGGAUGAAGAUGACGACAAUGAAGAAGAAGAAGAGGAAGAAGAAGAAAACAAUGAAGAGGAGACUGAAACAUUUUCCUUGAAUCAACGAAUUUUCGUGGCACAAUCGUCCGAAGAAAGUGAACAUGAAGUUAUUCGUCGAACAAGUUCAAGGGCCUGUAAGGUUGUGAAUAAAAAUAUUAGUCAAAGUGCAUCGAACGAUAAUAGUAUCAGUGAAAGUGCCGAGGAGGAACAAAAUAAUGGAUCAAAUGAUCCUCAAGAUUCUGAUAGUCAGGAUACUGAUUCACCAUUAAAAUCGACACGAUCUCAAACAAGGUCUCAAAUGUCUCAUGAUUCAGAUAGCCAAGAUGAAACACAAUCGUCACGAAGACGUGGUAAACGUCCUCAUUACAAUGAAGACAGCGAGGAUAGUAAUGGCGAACCGGUGAGAAAUCGUCGUAAUGUUAAAAAAAGAUGUUACACGGAAGAAAGUGACGAGAGUGUGCCAGAAGUUAGAAAUGGUAUAACAAUUAGCAGCAGGGGACGUGUACGUAAAAUGACUGCUCGUGCUAGAGCCUAUCUUCUAGAACCACCUUAACGGCCUUUUUUUCAGUUAGUGAUAUUCUAUUAAAAAAAAUAGUCGAUGAAUUUUAACCGACAAAAGUAACGAAUUAAACGAGUUAUUAAGAAUUCACAUUCUUUUUUACUCGUGUUUUUGUGAUCAAGAUUAGAUCAGAUUUUACAAUUUAAUUAUUCUGUAAAUAGUGAAUUCAUUACUGAUUAAGGGGAUUUAGAAUUACAUUUGUUGUGCACAAUGACAUUGAAAAUGAAUUUUUCAACAAUCUUCAGGGGGAAAAAAAGAAUUAUUAAUUGAAACACAAAAGAAAAGCGAUUAAUUAAAUAAAAUACGUUAAAACGAAGAUACGCGAUUCUUUUGAAAAAAGCCAUUAAAAUUAAGAAAAAUAAAAAUUGUGCGAUUUUGAUAAUUUUUUUUCAACAAAUCGACACACUUAUGAUUGAAGAAAAUAUUUGUGUCCUUAACAAAUUUUCAGGGAAUAACAUUUUUCAUGCACACUGUCCAAACUAUAGACAUAAAAAGGUUUUCUUUUCUUCUAAACUUAACAGUUAAUGCUUGAUAGUUUUGUCUUAUAUGUUUAUAAAAAAAAAUAAUUCUUGUUUCGAAAUUAACAAAAAACAUUCUGUUAAUUUCUUAUUUAAUCAAAAGUUCUUUUCAUUUCUUUUUUUAAAUUUGUACGUUUGUAAAUUCUCAUUUGUAUUUGUAUACAAUUUCUUCUGUAAAACGUACCAAAAAAAAAAGAAAAGAUUUCAUUGGUUUUUACCAGAGGAGAGGAUCGAGAUGUAAAAUGAUUUUAAUUAUGUGAAUAAUUUUCAUUAUUAUGCGUUACCAAUUAUUUAUAUUUCAAAGUUAUCACAAUUGAAUCUAUGCGAAAUUGUCAGAACGAGAAAAAGACAUUGAUUUGAAAAAAAAAACUAAUUCCAAUCGAAUUGAAACUUACAACAUAUCUCAGUAAAAAGAAAAAUUAAGAUGAAAUUAGAUAUUUGUAUUUCAAUUUUCUUUUCAAAAAUUGAAAAAAAUGUAUUUAAAAAGAAAUUUUGUUACUCUGGUAUAGUUUUUAAAAAAAAAUUGCAUUGUAAUUUUUAUAUAAAUGUAUAGUAAAACCUGAAAGCGAAGAUAAUUGUAUUUCCAAAGUAGUUUACAGAGAAAUAAUUGUUAGUCUCAUUUAUUGGACGUCUCGACUGUCUUGAAGUCAUUGUGAUAUUAGAUUAAGAUUAUAUUAAAAUAAUUAAUGUAAUAAACAAACAAAAUGGCUUAGCAAUGAUUAUUUUUUUAAAAAAAAGAAAGCUAAGUGUGAAUAUGCACCGUUUAAAGCGGGUUUAUUAUUCUUAUUUAACUGCGAGAUAAAAAAAGAGUUUAACUUGAGUUUUCAGUCCCAUUUUUUCAUCUACCUGAAUUUUAUACAUAAAAUAGUUAGCCUAUUGUUCAAAUGGCAAAUCCCUUAAAUAAAUUAAUAUAAUUUUCUUUGUAUGUUCCAUUAGGUUUUUAGAUUAUUUAUCAAAUGGAGAGUCAUUAAAUAAUAAAAUAAUGGCUUUUCAUAAUCAUCAAGUAGUUUUUAUUACGUGUAUACUUAAAAACAAAAACAAUGCACUUCUUUAUUUUCAGUGGUAAAAUUAUGUACAGUGCAGUUUUCAUUACGAAUACUAAUAAAUUCUUAUAAAAUUGUUUGCUAA